CUUUCUCCGAGUAUUUCUUGCCGGGGGGGCCGCCGCUGACGUGCCACUUGUGGCUUGGGGACAGGCCUGUGGCUUGACUGUCCACUGCGCCCCAACUCAGCCCUCCACCCUCCACCCCGGCCCUCUCCACCCGCCACCCCUGCUCAGGGCACCACGCUGUCCCCCCUGACACCAUCGUGGCCAUCGGCGUCUUGAUGGGGGAGUGAGAGACCAGCCCCGCUGGCCAGCCAUGGGCCUCCCCACCGUGUCUGGCCUGCUGCUGCUCCUGGUGUUCCAGGCGCUGCUGGUGGCAGUCCAUACCUCGGGGGAUGCUGGCUGGGACGAGGACAGUCCGUGUCCCCCUGGAAAAUAUCUCCACCCUGAGAAUAGCUCCAUCUGCUGUACCAUGUGCCACAAAGGCACCUUCUUGAAAAACCACUGCAAGAACUCAUGGAUGAGCACAGACUGUGAGGUUUGUCCUGAGGGCACCUACUUAGCCCGAGAGAACUACCAUCCAAAUUGCAUCGAUUGCGAUUAUUGUGAAGAUGUAAUGAACCAGGUGGAGAUUACUCCAUGCAGGAACGACCAGAACACCGUGUGUGGCUGCUUACCCAACCAUUAUCGCCGUUACAUGGGCGAUCUCUUCUUUUGCGAGCCCUGCAGCUCCUGUUCUAAUGGCACCGUGAAUCGUCCCUGCCAGGAAAAUCAUGACGCCUGGUGUAUCUGCAAUAACGGAUUUUUCCUGGAAGAUAAUAAGUGUUUACACUGUAGCAAAUGUAAGAACGGCUCAGCUUGCAUGAAAACAUGCUUCCCUAACACUAACAGUGAUUCGGUUUAUACACCAGAGGAAGGAGCCACCAAAGUGCUUUUGCCGCUGGUGAUCUUCUUUGGUCUCUGCCUCUUGUUCCUCCUCUUGCUGGUAUUUCUGUGCCGCUUCCCUCGGUGGAAGUCCAAGCUCACGUCCAUUGGUGAGUGGUCUGUCCUGGAAAACUAUCCACUUCUAUCAAAGAGGGGGAACCUGAUCCCGAGAAACGUGGGCCAGCAGGCCCUUACCCUCCCCCGGCCUUCAGCCCCUUCCGCACCUUCUCCCCCUCUGCCCCUUUCUCAACCUCGGAAAGCUGGUCCUACUUCGGACCCCCCAUUCCCGCAGACGGCCCCGCCCCUCCUGACGGCCUCCCCUGCCCCGGGGGCUCCAGAUCUCACCUCCAGCCUCCUGCCCAAGGUGGGGGACAGCACCCCGCAGCAGCACCCGGACCCGGACGACCCCGCCACCCUGUACGCCGUGGUGGACGGAGUGCCUCCGACCCGCUGGCGGGAGUUCGUGCGGCGCCUGGGCCUCGGCGAGCAUGAGAUCGAGCGGCUGGAGCUGCAGAACGGGCGUUGCCUGCGGGAAGCGCAGUACAGCAUGCUGGCGGCCUGGAGGCACCGCAUGCCCCCGCAACGAGGCCUUCUGGAGCUGCUGGAACGCGUGCUCGGAGACAUGGACCUGCGGGGAUGCCUGGAGGACAUCCAGGAGGCUCUGCAAAGCCCACGGCCACGCCCACCCAGGUGAGGGC